AUUUAAAAGUGUGUGUUAUUUGUUUAAACGGAAAUGAAUGAUGAAAUAACGUUGAAGACAAUAUAUGAUGAAAUACAAACCACUCGAAAGGAACUAAGGGCUCUUAUUUCUUCGGAGAAUGAAAGCAAAUCAAUACAGAGACCAGAAGAGUUGAAUUGUAAAGUUGUAAACUUGGAAAAAGAGAAUAAACAACUUUUGGACAGAGUAGAAUAUUUAGAGAGGAAAUGUUAUAAAAACAAUAUAGUGAUAUAUGGACUGCAAAACGGAGAAAACGUCUCAACCGAAGGUGUAAUAGGGGAAGUGAAUCGUCUACUUGAGACAGAUAUUGCCGAAUCAGAUAUUAGUGAUAUAUACCAGCUAGGAAGGGGCAAAAAUCGACCCUUGAAAAUUGAAUUCGCUACUUAUAGGAAAAAACAAGUACUGUUGGAUAAUUCUAAGAAACUUAAAGGAACAAAUAUUUAUAUAACUCAAGAUCAAACAUUGCAACAGCGAGAAGAACAGAAAAUACUUAGGAAUUACUUGAGGAAAAUGAGAGAAACCACCAGUGAUGUGGGAUACGUUAAGGGUAACAAGUUGAUAAUUGGUAAUGAAAUAUACACGGUGGAUGAUAUAAGAAAAAUAAACAAACAAGAAGAAAUUUCUGAGACUGCAGGUACCACCCCUUCACCAGUUGAGGAGGAAACUCAAGAAUAUAACGCGGAGGCCCAUCAGAAGAUAGUUGGUUCCAGGGAGGUGAGACAUGUGAAAGAUAAAAAUUUGAACAAGGAACUUAGGGUGGAAGUGAGGACAAAAAAGACAACAAGAUCGAACAAGUAGAAUAUAUUUGGAGGAUGUACAGUUGUUUCAUAGAGCCGGAUAUGUUUUGUUGUACAAUAUGGGAAAUGUGAAUAAGAAUGAUGGAGUUUUGGUUUAUGUAAGGGACUACAUGUUAUUGGAUCAUCAGGUUAAGAUAAGAGCUAGGAAGGCGAUUGGUCAGAGAUGUUUUUCCUAUUUAUCUCCAAGGUUUUACAU